ACUGAGCGAACUGGUCAUCUUGGAACUGGUUAUAGUACCGUCCGACACGAUACACUGUAAUUUAUAAAGAAAAUGCGCUUCAAAGUUUCUUUUCUCUGUGUGUUUAUUUUGUAUCUAUGUGAUCGAAUGACUGCGGUGGUACUAAGAAAUAACUGCAGCGACUGCAUCGGGUUCAAAUCAUGUACGGCUGCUAUGGUAGCCAUAGAUUUGCAGCUGGUCGCCCUAGAAAUGAGUGGCUUCUGCGGGGUAGACGAUGGUAGGCAACGGAAGGUAUGCUGCGCUAAGGUGACAUCUGGCUUGGAAACCGCUUUGGCCAAUUCUAUUCAUUACCAUCAGAACGUUCUUCUAUUACCGGAUAACUGUGGAAUAGGGGAGGAAGACGGUUAUGCAGACAGAGUUGCAGGCGGGGUCCCGGUACUUGGCCUGUUCGAGUAUCCAUGGAUGGUCUUCAUAUCUUAUAAAACACCGGAUGGCAUCCAGUUCCUGUGUGCCGGUAGCCUCCUCAAUGAUCGUUACGUGUUGACCGCGGCCCACUGUCUCUCAGGGCUGGAAGUGGUCGGAGUGAGGAUACGAGUUUAUGACACGGACUGCCAGGGAGAUUUCGGAUGUGAAGCUAGUUCACAGGAUAUACUCAUAGAAGAAGCAAUUAUUCACCCAGGAUAUGAUCGUAAACCGGUUAUAAGGAAUGACAUCGGACUCUUGAGGCUGAAAAAGCCUGUAGAUCUAUUAUUCAACAACGCUGGCACAGUUUGCCUGCCAGUAACCCGGUCCAUGAGACGCCGCAAUGUAGUGGACCAGCCAGCUACCGUCGCCCACAGGCAGCAAUCGGAGAAAAGCUACGAAUCCGCCACACUGCUAUAUGUCAACGUGUCAAUAUACACUGCUCAGCACUGCCAGGAGCAAUAUAACAGAAACAGACAACACGGCGCAGAAGACGACAUGCAGAACAAGAUCUGCUCCGAUUCCAGUAGCAAAGGUUCCUGCCGAGGGUUCUCUGGAGCGCCCCUAAUGGUGUGGGACAGGUUUGGGGACCGCAACCGAUUUAUCCAGUACGGCAUCGUGUCGUAUGGCCCGAAUCGGUGCGGCACCCUGUAUCCUGAGGUCUACACUGACGUCACCAAGUACAUGGCAUGGGUUUUGAACUCGAUAAAAGCGUAGUAAAAGAAGAAGGCAAAUUAUUUUAUUUAGACAGAUGAUUUUUUGUUAAUGUGUAAUAAAUUGUGUUUGUAAAUG